AUGGCUUUCUUCAAGCAAGUCUGGACUCUCAUGUCCAAGAACUUCCGACAGCUACUAUACCGCCAUCCCACAAAGGUUUUCUUCAUGGCCUUUCUCUUGCCCAUAGCCCUGGCCGCCUUCUUCACCUUCGCCAAGUACCUCUUCGUGCCGCCUGCAAUGUUCGGCUUCGGAGAGGUCCAUCCCGUCAAGACACUCGCGCAAGCGUUUGGCGAUGCUUUUGAUAGCGGGCGGCACAAGGUCGUCUUGGUCGACAACGGAUUCACAGGGGGCGAUAUUGACACCGUCUUGAAUCAGCUUCAAGCCCAGAUAGCUACACAGGGGCCUCACAUCAACGUCGUCAGGGCGAAAAGCGAAGACACUCUCUUCACAGAGUGUCGGAGUACCCUGCGCGGGGUCACCAAGUGUUUCGGGGCUAUUGUCAUGCGUUCAUCCCCCAGUGAAGGACAUGGCAGGAUAUGGAACUACACCAUUCGCACCGAUUCCGAGAUGCAGUCGAGUCCGCUCAGGAUCAACGUUGAGAGAUCUGACAAUGCGGAAGAGGUAUAUAUUUUACCCAUUCAGCGCGCCAUAGACAGCAUCAUCGUUGGCCUGAAUGAUACGGAGGCUGCCCAGGCUAUGGCCAACACCCAGGAGAUGCCUUACACCACCCUGACUCAAGACGAGAGACAGGCCAAGAUCAGAGUCAUCUUCCACAAGGCCAUUGUGAGCUUCAUGGGUGUCGCCUUCAUUGCCUCUAUUAUCUGGGUCACAUACCACUUGAGCGGCCACAUCGCCACCGAGCGCGAGACUGGUAUGUCCCAGCUCCUGGACGCCAUGAUGCCCGUCAGCAAGCCCUGGCAAGCUUUGGCCGCUCGCAUCAUUUCCCACCAUCUCUCUUAUUCGAUCGUCUAUGCGCCUGCUUGGGUAAUUGCAUCCAUCAUCAUGCGUUACGGUGUAUUUUCCCAUACCAGCCUGGCCAUUGUCCUCUUUUUCCACCUCACUGCAGGUCUCGCUCUGGCGUCAUCGUCUGUUUUCGUUGCAUCCUUCUUCAAGAAGGCCCAGCUCAGUGGUGUUGCUGCCACACUUGCCGUCCUCUUGCUUGGCAUCCUAGCGCAGUCUCUUACACUGCCUGCAACAGCACCCGUACUGGUCUUAUCUCUACUCUUCUCCCCCUGUGCGUACGUUUACUUCAUCACACUCAUGUCUCGCUUCGAGAGAGCAGCUCUGCCAGCCAACCUUGUCGAAAUAGCCCCGGGCAGUCCAUGGAAGCUGCCAGGCAUCGCUCUCUGGCUCUUCUUGAUCGCUCACAUUUUCGUCUACCCUCUCCUCGCUGCACUCAUAGAAGUCCGUCUUUAUGGCACCGCUACGACAGGCCGGAAAGUACUGGAGCAGGGGGACAGCAGUCUCGGUGAAGAUGCCGUGAGGCUCGAUGAGUUCACCAAGAUCUAUCAACCAUCCGUUCCUCGGCGCUUUGAGCCCUUUUUGAGACUGUUAUCGAGGCGCACCAAGUCAUCAGACCCCGUUGUGGCCGUCAAGCAACUCAGUUUCAACGUCAGGAAAGGCCAGAUUGUCGCGCUCCUAGGUGCCAACGGAAGCGGCAAAAGCACAACCCUAGAUGCCAUUGCCGGGUUGAAGAAAGUAACCGCCGGGUCCAUCACCAUUGAUGGGCACGGCGGCUUGGGUAUUGCCCCGCAGAGGAAUGUCCUAUGGGACGAUUUAACUGUCGAGGAGCAUCUCAUCAUCUUCGACAAGCUCAAAUCUCCCAAAGCUCCCGCAAGCAAAGAGGAAAUUACCAGCUUGAUCAAAUCAAUCGACCUUGUUCAUAAAACCAAGUCCCUCGCCAGAACCUUGUCUGGGGGUCAGAAACGAAAGCUGCAGCUUGGCAUGAUGUUGGUAGGAGGAAGUGCAGUUUGCUGCGUCGAUGAGGUGAGCAGUGGCAUCGAUCCGCUAUCUCGACGCAAGAUCUGGGAUAUUCUGCUGGCUGAGAGAGGGAAGAGGACCUUGAUCCUGACCACGCAUUUCCUGGAUGAGGCAGAUCUUCUCGCCGACCACAUCGCGAUCCUGUCAAAGGGCACACUCCGGGCCGAAGGUUCUUCUGCCGAGCUCAAAGAUCGGCUUGGAGGCGGUUAUCGAGUCAGCGUGCACAAAACGGCGAAUUAUCAACCCCUUCCUGUUAUAAUUGGGGUGAAGAAGGAUGAUGCUUUUGAUCUGGUUACGUAUACUGCCCCCACGUCCAAUCUGGCGGCACAGGUGAUCAAGGAACUCCAGAAGGCUGAUAUCACGGAUUACCGUUUCUCGGGCCCGACCAUUGAAGAUGUAUUUUUGCAGGUUGCGGAGGAGAUCAAGGAGGAGGAAGUAUUCGCUGGGGUCAACACCAUCGCAGAGAAAAUGCCCAUCAAGGAUGACAGCUCUUCGCAGGGCCACAGUCGAAACACGGGACCAGGGACUGGUCUCGAGCUGCUUAAUGGCAGACGACUCGGCUACUUCGAACAGGCGGUCAUCCUGUUCAAUAAAAGGUGGACGGUCUUGAAGAGAAAUUGGACGCUAUACUCCGUUGCCUUUUUGCUGCCUGUCAUGGCGGCAGGAUUGACGUCUCUGUUCGUCAAGGACGAUGGCCCGACAGGAUGCAAACCCAUUGACGCGGAUUCGACCUCUGAAGCUGCAGACGCCUUUACCCAGAUCAAAGACACCGACAGCCUUUCUUUCCUUGCAGGCCCGUCUAGCAAAUUCAACCCGCUGCUGGCCUCGUCUCUCUUUCGGCCUAUUCUUGCCAGCAGCACCGCUUCCAUCGUGAACAUCGCUACGACUUCUCUCAACAAUCUUCAUCUUGUCGACACGUACAAUGAAUUCUACCAGUACUUACGGGACCAUAACAAAAACAUCACCGCGGGCUUGUGGCUCGGCGACGCCGGCACGAAUCCCACGAUUGCCUGGGUUGCCAACCUAGCCGUGACGAGCCCCCUCACAGCUCAGCAGUUCCUCGACGUGAUGCUAACAAACACGACGAUUGCGACGUCCUGGGCCCCCUUUGAUGAUCCCUACGACUCCGCCAUUGGAAAGUCUCUGAACCUGGUCAUCUAUAUGGGUCUGGCCCUCGCCUGCUACCCGGCGUUCUUCGCCCUCUACCCAAGCAACGAACGCAGGCGCUUCGUGCGCAGCUUUCAGUAUUCCAACGGCGUCCGUCCCUUUCCCUUGUGGAUGGCCUACCUCUUGUUUGACUUUGUCAUGGUUCUCGCCAGCUCCGCAAUAGUAACGGCUCUGUGGGCUGGGCUGUCGGAUAUUUGGUAUCACAUCGAAUACAUCUUUGUGGUGCUCCUCUUCUACGGCCUAGCCUCGAUAUUGGUGUCCUACUUGGUGUCUCUCUUCACCCGGUCGCAGCUGGCCACGUUUGCUUGGGCGGCUUUCGGGCAGGCGGCCUUUUUCCUCGGCUACUUGAUUGCGUAUGUCUGCGUCGUCACAUAUGUUGACAUUGACAAGAUCGACAAUACUUUACUGGUCUGUCACUUUGUCAUUUCAGCAUUUAUGCCCAUCGGCUCAGUGGCCAGGGCCAUGUUUCUCGCCACGAAUCUCUUCGCCACGGCCUGCGAGGACAUCAACCUCUCGAAAACCCCAGGAGGCCUCAAGCAAUACGGAGGUCCCAUUCUCUAUCUCAUCAUCCAAUGCUUGAUCCUGUUCGGGCUAUUGCUUUGGCUGGACAGCGGGAAUGUGGGAUCCUCUGUCCGAGCUUUCUUCAACAGGCAUAAACACCCAAGCGAGGUCAUUGAGUCGGACGAAGAAGUGGUGAAUGAGCAGAUGAGGAUUUUGAGCCCGGCAGCAGACGAUGGUCUCAAAGUCUCUCAUUUGACAAAAUCCUUUGGCAAGAAUUAUGCCGUCGAAAACGUCAGCUUCGGCGUCAAGCGUGGCGAGGUUUUUGCUCUGCUAGGUCCAAACGGAGCGGGCAAAUCCACGACUAUCUCUUUAAUUCGGGGCGACCUCAAGCCAGACCUCAACGGCGGAGACGUCUUUAUUAAUAACGUGUCUGUUGCGAGGCAUCUGCCGGCUGCGAGGGCAAAUCUUGGCGUCUGUCCCCAGAUCGACGCCUUGGAUCAGAUGACUGUUCGAGAGCAUCUUGAAUUCUAUGCUCGAAUUCGAGGCGUUUCCAACGUCGAACAUAACGUCUCUGCAGUUUUGCAAGCCGUCGGGCUCGGUGCCUUCUCAACACGCAUGGCAGCCAAACUCUCUGGUGGCAACAAGCGCAAGCUCAGUCUUGGAAUCGCGCUCAUGGGCAAUCCCGGGGUGCUUUUGCUGGAUGAGCCCUCUUCAGGUCUAGAUGCCGCAUCAAAACGAGUUAUGUGGAGGACGCUCGAGGCAACAGUCCCAGGCCGAUCCAUUCUGCUCACAACGCACAGCAUGGAAGAGGCUGAUGCCUUGGCCGGUCGUGUCGGCAUCCUAGCCAAACGAAUGCUGGCUCUAGGUACGCCCGACGACUUGAGACAUCGCUACGGUGAUGCUCUGCACGUCCAUCUCGUGUCGAGCACGGCUCCUAGGACCACAGACGAGGAGAUGAACGUCAUUACGUCGUGGAUCCGCGAGACCUUGCCGGCAGCCAAGCUUGAGUCUAAGAUGUACCAUGGCCAGCUGCGGUUCUCGGUCCUUUCGAGCCAGGUCCUGUCGCUUACCGAGGACCCCAGUAACAACAAGGUGAUGCCUGUGGCGCGCGAUAUCAGUCAGGGCGCCAUUGGCCGACUCGUCGUCCUCCUGGAAGAGACCAAGGCGCGGCUUGGAGUCGAGCAUUAUAGCGUUAGCACCACGUCGCUCGACGAGGUGUUUUUGGAUAUUGUUGGUCAGCAUAACGUGCAGGAAGAGAAUCACGAAGAUGCGAAACCAGGGGUUUGGAAAAGGACGUUCAAAUUUGUAUCAUCUUGGCGCAACGACGGCACAUGA